AUGGGCGGUGCAUUCGAGUCCGGGGCAGAUGACCAGAAAAAGUCAACAGUACUAAGUGACAUUUGUAUAUGUGAAUCAACUCGAGCAGGGUUUUCUAUAUGCCCCUUCCAUUCAUCAUCCGACAACCGCCCAUGUCCUCGAGGGCAGACCACAUUAACACGACUUCCAGCCAUCGAAACUGCUGGAAACAAACGGGAUGGAGCAGGAAAUAAUGCCACAAAAUCUCAUGGUCCAUGGGGAGACGCGAAGGAUGGUAAAGAUCAAAUACAGGAUAUGCUAAGGUUCCCAAGAAUAUGCAAAAAGUGGUCACCACCACCAAGUGGAACACACUUCUUUCAUCUACCGGAAACAGAUACCAACCGGUUACCAACGCACCUACCAUCAGACGCACACAUCAAUCGACAGACAACGGGUCCGACAACAAAUCCGAUAUUACUGCCAAUUGGCUUAACGGAAUCUCAAACGUCGAUUGAGAAACGCAUGCGUCAAAAGAGUAGGAAAGCCAAAAUCGACAUUCAGACGUCAAAAGGAGUAUAUGUGGGUCAAGAACCCGCGGAUAAAAGCACCGAAAUGUGA